UUUCACGAUAGGCAACGUAUCUAAAAGCGUCCAGUUUUUAAACGUGAUUGUGUUCUGAGGCGGAACGAUUUAUCCGGUACCUCUGUUUUCACACGGCCCAGUGGGAUUCCCAGACAUGGCAACCUGCACGCGUACUGUGUGGAAAGUUUUAGCAGGAUGUCAGAGGCAGCUACUGAGCACCAGCGGUCCUGCUUACUCAGGUGUAUCGCAGACUGUGCCGAGGAAUCUACCUGUCAGGACUUUUGCAGCUGUCAAGGCCCUAAAGAAAGACAAAAAAUGUGGUGCUGAAAAAGAGGUGAAGAAAGAGAAGAGGGUCAUCGAUGACAAAAACAGACAUAAGCCUUUCGGUAAGACGGCGUGGGCGCCUGUGGAUGACGUGUACGUGAUGAGGUUCUACCCGAGGACUCUGUACGACGCAGCGGACGCAGUCGACAUGCUGAAGAAAUUUCAGGCGUUGGACUUCACUCCCCACAAUCAGCCGGUUUACAUUGAUCUGAAGCUGGACAUGAAGCUGGAGAAAAAGAAAAAAGUCGACCCCUUCGUCAGCACUGUGCACUUACCGCACCCCUUCAAGACAGAGAUGAACAGAGUUUUAGUUUUUACAGAGGAUGCUAAUCAAGCCAGAGUUGCUCAGGAGAACGGAGCCGUGUUUGCUGGAGGAGUGGAGCUCAUACAGCCGAUCUUGGAUGAUGAGAUUUCAGCAGACUUCUAUGUGGCGGUUCCAGGCAUCCUGCCGAAGCUUUUACCUCUGAAAAACAAACUGAGGAAGAAGUUUCCAAAGAGCAACAGAGGCUCAGUCGGCAUCAACGUUCCCAAGAUGUUGGAGUUAUUUAAAUCAGGUCAUGAGUACCUGGUGGAGAGUGACUGCUAUGUUAGGACGCAGAUAGCUACGCUCGAUAUGCCCGGUGAACACAUCUUCGCCAAUCUGCAGACAGUCCUGGCUGAUGUUUGCUCGCACCGACCGGCCAGUAUGGGACCGUUCAUUGAGCGAGCGAUCAUCGCCAGCCACACCAGUGAGGCCAUUUUGUUCAAGAGCGAAGAUGUCGUACCGAAGCUCCCAGAAAAGGAGGAGUGAGGUUCAGAUUGUAUAUAUUCACUGUACUCAAUAAAGGUUUUGUUCUGUC